AUGCUGAACAAUCUGGAGGAAGGAGUCAAGGUCGUGGAAGUUUUAGAGGCAGAGGAAGGGGAUGAGGCAGACAAACCUUCAACAGGGCCACAGUGCAAAGAGAAGGAGGCAAACUGUGCAGAGACUCGAGAAGAGAUGUUGCUGACGGCUUAUGUGAAUAUGAAUAAGGCCAAUAUAGAAGAUAUGUGGUUCCUUGACUCGGGAUGUAGCAAUCAUAUGUGUGGGAAGAAGGGAUAUUUUUCAGAUUUUGAUGGAAGUUUUAGAGAUUCAGUGAAGCUGGACAACUACUCAAGCAUGGUUGUAACAAGAAAGGGUAAUGUACGGCUGCAAGUGAAUGGAAUCAUACAGAUAAUCACAGGAGUGUUCUAUGUGCCAGAGCUGAAGAACAAUUUGUUCAGUAUUGGGAAAUUGCAAGCAAAGUGGCUUACCAUUUUGUUUCAAAAUGGAACGUGCAAGAUGUUUCAUCCUGAGAGGCUUAAUCAUGGAAACAAAGAUGUCUUGGAAUCGAAUGCUAGAACAUUUUCAAUGCGAAUGUCAAAGCAAAGAGAAGGAGGCAAACUGUGCAGAGACUCGAGAANCAGACUCUAUGAUUCAACUUCACAAAGGUUCAUAAUAAGUAGGGAUGUUGUAUUCAAGGAAGAUAAGAGUUGGGACUUCGAUAAGACCUAUGAAGAAUCCAUUAUGUGCGAUCUGGAAUGGGGUGAUCAAGAGGAGGCAGCAGAUGUGUUUGAUGAAAAUGAAGAAGGGAGUGAAUAUGGUAUAGAAGCUGCAGAGGAAAAUACUGCACAGGAAAAUAUUUCCUCCAGCUCUUUAGCUGAAGCAAGCUUUCCUAGUUCGACUAAGGAGAGGAAUAGGAAACUACCAGUUUGGAUGAGAGACUAUGCAUCAGGAGAAGAUCUUUAUGAAGAAGAUAAUGAAGCUCACUUGGCCAUGUCUACCACUACUGAGAGUGAGAAAUGGAAGCAAGCCAUGGAUCUGGAAAGGAAGCAAUAA